AUGAUAAUGGCAAAUCAACCAUACUUUCUGCGCCUCCCUUAUAUCAUCCGCCUCAGAAUAUACCGCGAAAUAGGCCUCGUUGUUGACUUCGAGCUUGAUCUCAGUACCGGCCAAGCUGUCGGGGAAUGGUCGUCCCGCGAGCAAAGACUUUUCAGGAAAGCUGAAUCACUCCCAGGCCAUGGCCAGGAACCAUGGUUUCCAAAUCAACUAUUCUUCGUGUCACGCAGUGUAUCUGAAGAUGCUCGUCGCACUUUCUAUUCCGAGAACCAUUUCUGCUUCCAAUAUGAUAUGGGCUGUGGUUUGCGGAGUCUAUCUAAUAUGGGCCGCAUUGGAUGGGGAUCCCUAAGGCGUUUUGCAAUCCGGAUCGGUGCCGAGUACUGUCUCGGUCCAGGGAAGCAGGCCUGCCAUGGUACGGCCGAGGAAGUCCUCGAAAAUGAUAGCCAACUCGAAAAGAAUGGUGUGCUCGGCAUGUGGAAGCAGAUAUGUCACCAGUUAGCAACGCAUAUCAAGCAAGACGACCAGCUGGAAAUUCGUUUGAUCUGUGGCGCCGCUACUAAAAAGACCCUCGCAGCCUUUCUAGAGCCGCUGCAAAAGCUUCCCCGACUCAGAGAACUCUCCAUCCGUGCAGGGCCACGUCGCAACCUCGAUCUCCAACAAGCUCUGAUGGCAACAAUAGGCCAAAAGACGGGAUUUUUCAUACGUCAGGCGCGACCGGGGGUAUUCCGAUUCCUCGAUCUUCCGGUGGAACUCCAAGUCCGCAUACUUGAAUUCACAGAGCUAGCUGCACCUCUACCGCUAAUACUGAUAUCAUGGUUCAAGCGGUUCCUCCCUCGUGAUUGUUGGUAUUUCGCUUGUAAUGCACGACCUCAUCCAUAUCUUGUUGAUCAAGGAUGUUGGUGCCCUGCAACACAUACCGCUUUUUCUACGGCUCAUCCCUGUUGGCAACUUCCAGACAUAUGGUUUGUCAGUAAGAGCAUAAGAGAACUCGCGCUGUCUGUGUACUACUCCAAAAAUACAUUCGAAGUUUGGUACGAUCAAUCACAUUCUCCAGACACCACAGCAUGGACUCCACAAACAUCAGGCUUCUUACACGGUUUCCCUGAAUAUUCGUGGAAGUACCUCCGCCGGGUGCAUUGGAUAUUUCCUUCUCCCGUGGAUGGCGACGCGUUCCGUCCAAACGAUAGGGAGACAGUGGACUGGAUCAACACCAUGAAAGUCAUCUCUCAGUCAUUCAAUCUCCCGAACUUCACACUGGAAUUGAGCCUGUCUCCUCGUACUAACCGACCCUGGGAUCCAGAGCAUCCAGAGAAAGUUGCUAGGGCGCGGGGACUAUAUGAUCGGAUCAUCGAGCCAGUUCAGCCAUUGAAUGGCCUUCUCAAAGAUUUCUUUGUCCAUAAUUACUUUCCCCUGCAUGAGACACUGGAUGAGACUCGGCUCAGUCUAGAACGAAUAUUGGAGCGCAGAGUAAUGGGAAGUGACUAUGAUAGUAUGGCGCGCGAGAAGGAGUAUUCAAAACCAUUUGAGGAGGAUGACUACGAUUAUUGA